UCCCUCCCUCCUAACCUAGCGCCGUCGCCCCCCCCAUCUUGCUUCUUCUUCUUCUUCUUCAACCUCUCGCCAGGUCCACGCAUCCCAGUGCCAUGCAUCUGGCCUUCAUGUUCUACGCGAACGUGCUAGGCUGGUUCCAUGGCGCUGUGGUAUGUGGAAUUAUACCAUCCGUGGUUCCUCAUCGACAAGACGGCAAAGCCUCAUCUUCAAGGAUCCAUGUCCAUGGAAGACGUCGGCGUGCUUUGUGGCAACGUUGGAUCUUGGUGCGGCGCUCGAUCUACAAAUAACAGAUCCGUUAUUUAGACUUUUUUUUGGAUCAAAGUCACGCAAGCUGGAUCUCUUCUUCGACUCUUUUCGCCCUUCAUCUGUUGUUGUUCAACAACUGUGUUUCAAUUUCUUUUGGCUUGAAGAUUUCUUUUCCAAUAACCCGAUCUGCUCUUGUACUAGCAGACAAAUUGCUGGGUUCGAGUGCCUGACGAGUUUACAUGAUUUCCAAGGUCCUUUUUGCAAUGUUUUACAGCUCAACGCUCCAACAAAUUUUUUUCCUUCCGAAUGGUCAUUGUUGGGCUUCUCUCCUUAACAUUGUCGGGCCAAUGUGGAUCUGUUUUUGGGCUUGGCCUAUGAUGGCCGUCUCUCCCUAAUUUUUGUGGGCUACCUGGGCCUUUCCGCUCGCCUGGCCUGGCAGAGGCGAAUGCGGCCUCUUGGCUUACCUCUAUUUAUACGUGCUCCCUCUCUGUCUCCGAAACCCUAAUCCUCAAGAGGAGGCGGCGGCGGCGGCGAAGAGAGGGGAGCCAGAGCCACGAGCGUUUCCUGCUGUUCGUGUCGAUGGCGCUCCGGGCAAGCACCGGGUACGCGUUCAAGGCGGUCAGAUCUGUCCGUCUGCAGCCUCUUCUCACCAGGGCUGGGGAAGCUCUGCCACCCAAGAGCUGCGCGGAGUACGGCCCUGCUGCUUCAAGGAUUGGUCGACUUUUCUCCACCGGCAGGGAUCCUGAUUCACUCGUCAGGGACAACAUCAAGGCUGCUGUGUCUAAGGGACUGAAGGAAGCUCUUGGCCACUUAAAAAAUGAUGACAAUAUUAUUCUCAAGCUGUCUAUUAUCAAGUCAGGUGUCAAUGCUGCGGUGAAGGAUUCUCUGAAAGAUCACAGUGUUUUCAUCGACUAUGCUGAACAUCAUGUGGAUCCUGUGGUGAAGCUGGCCAUCGAGGAAGCAGUGUUGCAGGGCCUAAAUAAGUUUGCUGAUUAGCUCUACACUGCGCCUCUGAAGGGGGAGAUGAUGGUUAGGACCAAUUCACAUAAUUUCUGUUUUUGCCAGAUAGCCCUAUUUGCAUUGAUAUUGCAUGCUGCGUUGUUUUUUAAUAUCAUUUUGCAGUUA